AUGGACGAGCAAGUAACGAGGCUGGUGAAGAAGGCUUGGGCAAAACUCGACUCAAUACCACCAAACGGCCGUCUACUGAUUGCUAUAAGCGGGAUUCCGGGCUCAGGAAAAACAGGACUCUCCAUCAUUAUGGCCGAACGUAUCAAUCGGAUAUGGGCCGCCUCCAGUCCCACCCUGCCGCCAGUCGCUGCCGCUAUCCCCAUGGACGGAUACCAUCUCACGCGUGCCCAACUAGCCCAGAUGCCCGACCCGGUACAUGCAGCCGCGCGGAGAGGUGCUGAGUUUACUUUCGACGGGGCCAAAUUUCUGCAACUGGUGCAGAGAUUACGAGAGGAAAUCACAGACCAUACGGGGAAUAUCUACGCACCGAGCUUCGACCAUGCAAUCAAAGAUCCGGUGGAAGAUGACAUUACGAUACCCUCGACAGCCAGGGCUAUAUUCUUCGAAGGGAACUAUCUGAGCCUGAACAAGGAGCCGUGGAACGAUGCUGCAGAUCUUAUGGACGAGCUCUGGUUCGUUGAUGUUGAUUUUGAAACAGCACGGAAGAGACUGGUCAAGAGGCAUAUCAAGGCGGGCAUUGCCAAAGACGAGGCCGAAGCAGACAAACGAGCAAUGGAGAAUGACCUGGUCAAUGGCAAGGAGAUUGUGGAUAAUCGAAUGGACGUACAGGAGGUGGUGCUCAGUCACUAUGAUCCAGCCUGGGAGGUCUAA